GCCACGGUACGGGCCCGUAUCCGUAUCCACCGACUCCUUUACGGCUUCUACACGCAAUUCUGCCAACCUUAACGGUGCCGUUUUUGGCGAUUGUGGCGACGUUGGGGGGUAACAAUCCCAUACAAAUGCUUAUUGGUUGCCGCUCGGGUUAUCAUGUGAUCAACUUGAUUCCGCUUGAGGCCUAGAGGCCAAUCUUAGCAAAGCUUCAUCCCUACUCUCACUUGUCCUAUUCCCAACAAUGUCUGACGUGAAGAAGGGCAAGACGCCCAAGGAAUUUGCAGUCGAUUUCCUUAUGGGCGGUGUCUUAGCUGCUGUCUCGAAGACCAGCGCUGCCCCAAUUGAGCGGAUUAAGCUAAUGGUCCAGAACCAGGAUGAAAUGAUCAAGCAAGGUCGUCUUUCCACUCCUUACAAGGGUGUUACCGAUGCCUUCAAGCGUACCUAUGCUGACGAAGGCCUCGUGGCACUGUGGAGAGGAAACACCGUCAACAUCAUUCGGUACUUCCCUACCCAGGCUCUGAAUUUCGCCUUCAAGGAUUACUUCAAGUCUUUGUUCGGUUUCAAGAGGAACGAAGGCUACUGGAAGUGGUUCGCUGGCAACGUCGCUUCCAGUAGUGCCGCUGGUGCCUCCUCCCUCCUCUUCCUCUACUCUUUGGACUACGCUCGCACUCGUCUUGCCAACGACACCAAGUCUAUUAAAGGUGGAGGAGAACGUCAGUUCAAUGGCCUCGCUGACGUGUACAAAAAGACUUAUGCUUCGGAUGGCAUUUUUUUUUUUUUUGAAUCCUGUUGGUAUGUGAUGUACCGUAAUCCUACACGCUAGUGUAUGGUGGGAUAUUGCUACUUAUCUAUAUCUCAUCCAUUUUUCUGUUCUACAUUCCUAUGCAUGUUAACAAACGAGCUUCUCUGAGCUCAGUGCGAACCACAUCGCGACCGCCU